AUGGAGUCCUACGAUGUAAUCGCCAACCAGCCUGUCGUGAUCGACAACGGAUCCGGUGUGAUUAAAGCUGGUUUUGCUGGUGAUCAGAUCCCCAAAUACUGCUUCCCAAACUAUGUGGGGAGACCCAAGCAUGUUCGUGUCAUGGCAGGCGCCCUCGAAGGUGACAUCUUCAUUGGCCCCAAAGCCGAGGAGCACCGAGGGCUCCUCUCCAUCCGCUACCCAAUGGAGCACGGCAUCGUCAAGGACUGGAACGACAUGGAGCGCAUCUGGCAGUAUGUCUACUCUAAGGACCAGCUGCAGACUUUCUCAGAGGAGCAUCCUGUGCUCCUGACAGAGGCGCCUUUAAAUCCACGGAAAAACCGGGAACGAGCUGCUGAAGUUUUCUUUGAGACCUUCAAUGUGCCAGCCCUUUUCAUCUCCAUGCAAGCUGUGCUCAGCCUUUAUGCCACCGGCAGGACCACGGGUGUGGUGCUGGACUCGGGGGAUGGUGUCACCCAUGCCGUGCCCAUUUACGAAGGCUUUGCCAUGCCCCACUCCAUCAUGCGCAUCGACAUUGCUGGCCGAGACGUCUCUCGCUUUCUUCGCCUCUACCUGCGCAAGGAGGGCUAUGAUUUCCAUUCAUCCUCCGAGUUUGAGAUUGUCAAGGCCAUAAAAGAAAGAGCCUGCUACCUGUCUAUAAACCCUCAGAAGGAUGAGACACUAGAGACGGAGAAGGCGCAAUACUACCUGCCCGAUGGCAGCACCAUUGAGAUUGGUCCUUCCCGAUUUCGGGCACCUGAGCUGCUGUUCAGGCCGGACCUGAUCGGCGAGGAGAGCGAGGGCAUCCACGAGGUGCUGGUGUUUGCCAUCCAGAAGUCUGACAUGGACCUGCGGCGCACACUGUUCUCCAACAUCGUCCUCUCGGGCGGCUCCACCCUCUUCAAAGGUUUUGGUGACAGGCUAUUGAGUGAAGUGAAGAAAUUGGCUCCAAAGGACGUGAAGAUCAGGAUAUCUGCACCGCAAGAGAGACUGUAUUCCACAUGGAUUGGGGGCUCCAUCCUCGCCUCCCUGGACACCUUUAAGAAGAUGUGGGUCUCUAAGAAGGAAUAUGAGGAAGACGGUGCCCGAUCCAUCCACAGGAAAACCUUCUAA